GCUGACAACCAAUCUAAGUUGUUAUCUGCACCAAAUCUGAGAGAAAUUCCAAAGGCAGAUGAUGAACACAAGAACAAGAUGCUUACUGGUUUCUCUAGCUCUUGUACUAGCUGUUCAAGCUCAAGAUCAAUCAGGUUUUAUAAGCUUGGAUUGCGGAUUACCAGCAAACUCAAGAUACAAAGAAUCAAAGACAAACAUAAACUACAUGUCAGAUGCAGCUUACAUAAACAGUGGUGAAAGCCAGAGCAUAAACUCAACGUUCAAAAGCUUAUUUGAUAGACAACUACAGUCCCUUCGAAGCUUUCCUCAAGGCAUCAGGAACUGCUACAAUAUAAGCAAUAUUAUCAGUGAAAGGAAAUACUUGAUUCGAGCAAGCUUCUUGUAUGGAAAUUAUGAUGGGUUGAGUAGCUUACCAAUCUUUGAACUCUACUUUGGAGAUAGCUUGUGGGUUAAAGUGGAGAAUUUGUUUGAAUAUGUUGAGACCUACAAAGAAAUUAUACAUAUUCCAUCAGCAAAUAGAGUGCAAAUCUGUUUGAUUAAUACAGGAAAUGGAGCACCUUUCAUCUCUGCAUUGGAGUUUAGACCUUUACCUGAUGAAUCUUACCCAAUUCAGUUUGGAUCCUUCUUGAAUUUUGUUCGUUUGGAUAUGGGGUCAGUAACGAAUGUAUCAUACAGGUACCCUUACGAUGUUUUCGAUCGAAUUUGGAGUCCUUUCAAUAACAAGAACUUCAGACAAUUAAAUACCUCUCUUACUAUAGAUGCCAAGGACCACACCCUGCAUCAUCCAGCAGCCAUUGUGAUGGGAACUGCCAUAACCCCAAAGAAUGCAACUCAAUCUAUUGAACUUUGGUGGGAAUCAGAUGAUGAAAAUACUCAAUAUUAUAUAUAUCUUCACUUUGCUGAGUUAGUAGAGCUUCAACCAAAACAAUUCAGGGGCUUCAACAUCAGUCAUAAUGGAGAAUAUUGGGGUGGACCUAUUGUUCCUGAUUACUUGUAUACAAGCAGCAUUUAUAGCACUAAACCAUUGGGAUUCCCUCAAAAGCAACACAAAUUUUCAUUCUUUCGAACUGAGAAUUCAACACUUCCUCCAAUAAUCAAUGGAUUAGAAGUUUAUUACCAAAUUCAAGUCUCAGAAUUAGAAUCAGAUCAAGGAGAUGUGGAUGCAAUGAGGAAAAUAAAGUCAAUUUAUGGAGUAAUGAAAGAUUGGGAAGGAGAUCCAUGUAUCCCGAGAGCAUAUCCUUGGAGUGGUGUAGGUUGUACCAAUGAGUCAAUCCCAAGAAUCACAUCACUGAACUUGUCAUCAAGUGGUUUGACAGGUGACAUAUCUCCAGAUAUCUCUGAUCUAACAGCCUUAGAAACUCUGGACUUGUCAAACAACAGCUUAACAGGAGAACUGCCUGAUGCUCUAUCAAAACUGUCAAACCUCAAAGUUCUAAACUUGGAGAACAACAAUCUCUCAUGUCCACUUCCACCUGAACUCAUAAGAAGACUCAAUGAUAGCUUACUAUCAUUACGCAUGAAAGGCAAUCCAAAUCUAGAAGCACAUUCUUUAGUUCAAUGCACCGGAAAGCAGGAAGAGGAGAAACAUAAGGAGAAGAACAAGUUCAUCAUUCCAGUAGUAGCAUCAGUGGGAGGCGUGCUUGCCAUUGCCACCAUUGCAGGGGCUGUCUUUUGUAUAGCUAGAACAAAAAGGAAAGAAGAAGAUAAAGAGGUCUUGGAGGUUGGUAGCAGUUCAUUGGAAACUAGAAGGCAGCAGUUUACUUAUUCUGAAGUUGUGAAAAUGACCAACAAUUUUGAGAAGAUUCUUGGUAGAGGUAGCUUUGGAGCGGUUUACCAUGGGUUGGUUGAUGAUAUUCAAGUGGCUGUGAAGAUGAUAGCUCCAUCAGCAAUACAAAGCAACGAUCAAUUUAAAGCAGAGGUUACCACACUUCUUAGAGUUCACCACAGGAACUUGACAAGCCUUGUAGGGUACUUGAACGAAGGAACUCACCUUGGCCUCGUUUAUGAGUAUAUGGACAACGGAAGCUUAGCACAGCGCCUUUCUGAGAUGGGUUCAGGAGUCAUAAGUUGGGAAGAUAGACUACGAAUAGCUAUGGAUGCAGCUCAAGGGCUUGAGUAUCUACACUAUGGUUGUAAGCCUCCAUUAGUCCAUGGAAAUAUGAAACCAACAAACAUCUUGUUAACCAAAAAUUUUCGAGCUAAGCUUUCCGACUUCGGUAUCUCUAAGAGCUACCCAACCGAUGAUAAGACCGGUUAUCUCGACCCGGAGUAUAGAACAUCAAACAGGCCAAGUCCAAAAAGUGAUGUGUAUAGCUUUGGGGUUACUUUGUUGGAGAUGGUGAGCUGCAAACCAGUGAUAUCAAAAUCUCAAGGCCAGGAUUCAGUUCAUAUAAUUAAAUGGGUUGGUUCCAUGGCUGCACAAGGUGAUAUUAUGAACAUAGUAGAUCCAAUAUUAAAAGGAGAAUAUAGUAUGAACUCUGUCCGGAAAGCAUUGGAAGUAGCAAUGGCUUGUGUAUCAGUGAAUGCCGGGAGAAGGCCAACAAUGAGUCAAGUGGUGAAAGAACUGAAAAGUUGCUUGGCUGCAGAAAUGAGCCGAACACCGGAUAGCCACCCUCCUUAUUCGACUGAGUCCAUUGAAAUGACAUCCAUCUUUAUGGUGUUGCCCCCUCGACCGGGUCCCGUGGCGAGGUGAAUUUUGUUGGAACGUCGUCGUCUUCCUCCUCCUCCUCCCUGUUCCUUUGGUCUUGGAUUUUCCCUUCCAGAAUUUAUCAAAGUUGUUGGAUUUGAUCAUUAGGCUGUUGAAACCUGAAAUGUACAAAUUUUGCUUUCAACUUGAACAGUAACCUCUUCUUUGUAGAAUAUAUGUAAAUAAGUGUG